GUUCGGCCUCGAGCCUCAAUCAUCUUGCUUAUUUCCACAAAGCGGAAACUACAGCGAUCAUGGCCAGCACAGGUGAUUACAAGCGAUUUCUCGGCGAGAAAAUCUUGGCCGAGGACCAGGUGGUAACAUACCGCUACCUCAGUAGAGCACUCGGUAUACAUGUCAAUGUGUCCAAGCAAAUGCUCUAUGAGUUCCACAAAUCGCAGAAUGAUCGCAAGUCAGGUUCUGUCCAUGCCACGUACCUGAUGUACGGCGUCAAGCGGGCCGCUGAGCAGCCGACCCAGGCGGACGAUGGGGACGUUGAGAUGGCAGAGGAGCCGUCGGAGCACGUGCCCACAUACACUCUCUCUAUUGCCAAGGAAGAGGACCUCAGCGACUGUCUCGCGUUGUACGAUCAUGUCUCCUCGAUCCAUGUUUACAGUAUCGGGCCGAACCCGACCAAAGACCCGCAGAUGCUGUCAGAAUCAUGCCGCCAAGUUCUUGAUAUGUCUGCGAGCGAGGACUCACUGGAGGUCAGCCUGAAGUACGGCGCCAUCUCUAAUCCCCAUGCGCGGCGCAGGGAGCGAAAGGGGGCUGCGCCCAUCCCCAUGCCAGCGGCAGCGGGUCCGGCUGGAAUAAAUAAAAAUGUCAUGCCUGCAAGACCUGCGGCGUCCGCGGCGGCCAAGGAGGCGGCGAAAGACGAGCCCAAGGCGAAGGCACCACCCGCUUCCGGCCCCUUUGCGCGGGUUGCCAAGGAGGACUCCAAGUCAUCGCAGACUCCGUCCUCUUCGGCCGCCGCCACCGCCACCCCUUCCGACAAGAAGCCUGCGCCCUCGCUCAAGCGGGGCAGCUCUGGAAUCAUGCAAGCAUUCGCCAAAGCAGGCGCUGCUAAGCCUAAGGCUAAACCGGCGGCACCAGUGGCCGAGUCGAGCGCCAUGUCAGAUGACGGCGAAGACGAUGGCGAAGCGCUUCCGGCACCCAAGCAGGCGCCUGACAGUGGAAAUAACAACCGGAAGGAGCGGGAGGAGGCGCUUAAGCGCAUGAUGGAGGAGGAAGACGCCGCCGACAAGGCGGCAGAGGAAGAGGAGGGGGAGGGGGAGGAUGAGGAUGAGAGAGACGACACGCCAAUGGAGGAGCCAGAGGAAGAGGCUCCUGCGCCGGAGCCCAAGCCGGAGGAGCCGGCCGAGGUCGUCUCGGCUAGCACCGGAGACGGGCGGAGGCGCGGACGGAGGCGGGUGAUGAAGAAAAAACAGAUCAUGGAUGAUCAAGGCUACCUCGUCACGAUCAACGAACCCGGGUGGGAGUCGUUCUCGGAAGACGAGGCUCCGCCAAAGGCCACGUCGUCGGCAAAGCCGGCAGCACCUGCGACUGCGGCCAAGCCCAAGAAGGCGGCGCCGAAGGGUCAGGGAAACAUCAUGUCGUUCUUUUCGAAGAAGGCAUGAUCUGGCCCGAAUUUAUUGUGGAAAUGUCAACGCGCUUUCCGCCACUCUUGUCUUUUCUUUGUUUGUCUUGGCGCCACACUCGCUGUCAAAUAGCAUAAACCCCGUGAUAACUUGUAUGACUGCAAUAAAACAGACACCGUUAUCGAUCCUUUUGAUGUCGGG